CUGCAGCCGCCAGCCGGCAUCCAGUGUUUGCAGCCAUGAUGAUGGGCGCCACCUCUGCAGCUUCAACGACGACCACACGUCCUUCGUUGUUUUCGAGCGCGGCGCCGUCCUCCACAGCAGCAGCUGCAAAGCCCAUGCUCCCGUUCCCGCCUCCCGCUCCCACCAAAGCGCCGUCUAAAGCCACAAAGGGCGCCAAAUCCGGCAAGUCUGGCACACGACCCAUGUCAGCAUCCCCACAGCCGCACACAGAGGAUCUCGACGAAUCCGAGCUGCCAGAGUUUGCCGCAGAGUAUGGCCAAGAUUAUAUUUAUCCCACCAACUAUCAGCUACGCACGUACCAGUUUGAUAUCGUUCGCUCGGCCUUGUUUCAAAACACACUUGUUUGCCUGCCCACCGGUCUGGGCAAAACCUUCAUUGCCGCCGUGGUCAUGUACAACUUUUACCGGUGGUUUCCGACUGGCAAAGUCGUUUUCAUGGCUCCUACCAAGCCUCUUGUCCAGCAGCAGCUCGAAGCCUGCUUUUCCAUCAUGGGCGUGCCCCAGAACGAGACAGUCAUGAUGACGGGCAGCAAAGCGAAAGAGUAUCGGCGCGAGACGUGGCGCUGCAAGCGCAUUCUGUUUGUGACGCCGCAAAUCCUGCAGCACGAUCUCGCUGACGGCGUUUGCAAUGCCCGCGACUUUGUAUGCGUCGUCGUUGACGAGGCUCACAAGGCUCUUGGUGACUAUGCGUAUUGCCAAGUCAUCCGGCACAUGGUUCGCACCAACCGUCGCUUUCGCGUUCUUGCUUUGAGCGCCACUCCCGGUUCCAAUAUGGCUUCUGUGCAGUCUGUGAUUCAAAAUUUGCUCAUCUCGCAUGUGGAAGUGCGCACAGAACAAUCGCUGGACGUGCGAACCUACAUUUGCGGUCGGAAAACUCGGGCCAUCAUCAUCCAGCUGGGCGAUGUGAUUGCCAACAUUCGCGCCAUGCUUUUGCCCGUGCUUGGCUCGUGGCUGCAUCGGCUUUGCGACCGUCGGGCAUUCUCCAACCGCAACCCCGAGAAUGUGACCAAGCAGCAACUGGUCGCAAUUCGCAAAGUCUACAUGGACCGGCCGCCCGACACGCCGGAAGACCCACAGGGCUACCAACACAGCAAGGGCCAAGUGCUAGGCGACUAUGCUGUUGCCAUAUCGCUCUUCCAUGCGUUCGAGCUCCUGGGCAAGUAUGGCGUUCGACCGUUUUACGUCUACCUCAAGUCUGUCGCCCAAGGCUCCAAGUCUGGGAAUCGCUCUCGCUACGAGAUUGUCAACAACGGGACGAUUGGCAAAAUCAUGAACGAUUUGUACCGCCGAAUCGAGCCUGAUGCUCCUCAUUGGACGGCGCCCGACUCUGCUCCAGCGGCUCCUGCUGCUGCUGCUCGUGCCAAAUCCAAAGCCCCAUCUCGCCCAGCGGCUUCUACUGCUCUCAGCAGCGUCGGCAGCGACAGCGAGCAAGAUCAGGCCGUGGUGGGUGACGAUAUCGACGCACUUGUGCUCAAGCCGUCGCAGUCGUCCAAGCAAAAGUCGACCUCCAUCGUGGACAACCCAAAGCUCGCCAAGAUGAUUGAGGUUGUCCGCGAUCACUUUUUACACUUUAAUGAGCGGCAGCGUGCUCGAGAGCAACAGCGACGAAACAAAAGCAGAAGCCAGCCUGCUGUUUCGUCGGGCGAUUCGUCCUUCCAGUCCCCCGCUGCUGGCCGUGGUCUGCUGCCGAACGGCGCAGGCGCGAACUCUGCUGCUGGUGCCAGUCAAAUCGAGAUUGACGGCGACGCGGAGGAGGACGGCGAUGACGAAGAAGAAGAAGAAGAGGUUGUCGACACCAGAGUCAUGAUCUUCUCCGAGUUUCGCGAGUCCGUCCAAGAGAUUAUUGACGCGCUGGCGGAUCAGCAGCCUGUCGUCCGUGCCAUGGCGUUUGUUGGUCAGGCAACGACCAAGGGCUCGAAGGGCUUGACGCAAGAGCAGCAGCUGCGGAUUAUGCGCGCGUUUCGAUCCGGAGACUACAACACGCUCGUCUCUACAUCUGUCGGUGAGGAGGGUUUGGACGUCGGACACGUGGAUCUCAUUGUCUGCUUUGAUUCACAAGCGUCUCCGACACGCAUGGUUCAGCGCAUGGGUCGCACUGGGCGCAAGCGUGAAGGGCAGAUUGUCAUGCUGUUGUACGAAGGCGCGGAAGCCCUGGCCUACCAAAAAAGCGUCGAACGGCAAAAGAGCGUUCAGGAUGUGCUUGAGCGACAGAUCAAAUCGUUCGUCAUGUAUCCGACGCCUCCGCGCAUGAUUCCGCUCAAGUUUGUGCCCAAGGCAACGAAAACGGUUGUAAAGACGACCGACUUUCUGCACAACGCGUCCCCAAUGUCGCGACGACGAAUGCUGCGCGAAGCCAGUCGCAAUGCGGCCAAGGAGGCAGCGGGUACCACUCCCGCUCCGGCGUGGGCUCUCACCGGGUCCGAGCAGCAAGAGUACGAUUCCAACUUUGCCGUCGAGCCGUCGGCCAUCGAUAUUUUUGCCCCCACAACAGCUGCUGCUCGUCGAGCCAAUCAGGCUGCCACGAUACACGGUGGUCGUUCUCGCCAGCGCCACGAUGCGGUCGACAAGAGGGCUUCGCAGCAAGCGCGCAUGGAGCUCCGGCGCGACGAUGGAGCCGAGUCGUCGUCCGAAGAAGAAGAAGAAGAAGAGGCUUCUGCCGACGAGCAGCCCAUAAAUACGCCCAGUGUAGUGCAGCAACUGCUCGGCAACAGCGGACUGGGACUCGUCUCCCGUCGAGGCGCGAAUGCCCAUGUGCCCGAGCACAGCAUUCUUCACUCCAGCGAGACGCAUCUGAUGAAACGAGUGGUGGCGACAGUCAAUGACCUCGCCUUCCAGUCCACCCAAGAGUUUGCGGCCUUUGAGCAGGCGCAACAGGAUUUGGUGCUCUGGAUGGACGUGAUGCCGGAUCCCCAGGCCGUGAGCAGCUCCACGACGUUUCCGCCAGAGCUUGCACCAAACGGCGCUCGGCAGGAGAUUGCAGCACCGGCGGCCACUUUGAGUCGAGGGCACCGAUCGUUCUCUCUCGGGCUCGAGGCGAUUAAUCAAGCAGAGGAUGAGCUUUUCCGGCGGCGAAUGCACUCGGACGACGACGACAAUGACAGCUUGGAUGAUGAGCUGAUGAACACCACAUUGACCAGUUCCGUUUUGCCGGCCGCACGGGCGAAUUCGACUUCUGUUGGGAGGGCUUCCAGUGUUGUUGCGCGAGCCUCGGCGUCUGUGCUUCCCACCGGUUUGAAUCCCAAACUCCAAUCCGCCCAGGGUCGAAGGGAGACUUCUCCAGCAACAUUGAAUUUGCUCUCUAAGAGUCUCGAUCCGCUGCAGCCUCCAGCUGUUUCAGCUGUUCUCGACCCCACUGGCCCUGUCAUUCAAGCGGCACAUUUGGCAUUCCCCCAAAGCGUUCCGGCAAGCAAUGUCACCUUUUUUGAACGCUUGCCUGACGAUGCAAACUUUUCGAGUUUUGUCCAGCUGGAUCCCGUUCCAUCCAUUUCAAGCCGUCCACUCCCCUAUCAGCAGUUUGCGACUUCCUCGGGCUCGACAUUCGACCCGAACGCUGCUCGAGACGUGUGGCAGUUUUACGACGGUGACUUGGAGCAGACUUGGCUGGCUGCACGCGUUCCAGAGAUUGUGCAGAGCGUCAGUUCAGUUGGCCUGGCCUCCUUGUCCCCAACCGUUGUGUUUCGUGCCAGAUCCGAAGGUCCUGACGCAGCUCAGAAAGGUCUGCUCAGUUCCAGUCCUGUUGCCAUGCGUGACUCGCCAAAAGUCAGUUCUGCCGCUCUGGGUGCCUCUUGCAUGCCGCCGCAAGAGUUACAGCUGGAGCGAUCGUCUUCCUGGGACGAGUUUGCCGAAGAUGCCGUGGACGACUUGAUUGGCGCGGUGCCUCUUUCCAUGCUCGCAGACGUUUCUUCUUCAACGCCUGAACGGACCCGACUUUCGUUGUCAGUGGAUGCCAAUGCCUCUCCUGUUUCUACCAAACCGUCACUGUCCAGUCAAUUACUCCAUCCUGUGCACGCCGAGGCUGCAUCACAGAUGCGCUCAUCACAGGUGCGCAACCUUCCAAUCGAAACCGUCGAGAUUGUGGACGAUGAGGACGAUGCAGAUGACGUUCUCGCCAACGUGCCUUUGUCAAAUCUGCUGCAUCCAACGAGCACGUCCCCAACAAAGGCUCCGGAACCAGCUCUUCCGCUGCCACUGGCUCCUGCGGUGGCGACGACCGAUCAAGAGAGCGUUUUGAGACGGCCGGGUUUGAAUGACGAUGAGUUUGACCUCGACCCGAACGACUUUGCUGAUUUCGACUUGAGUGACAGCGAACAAGGCAUCCCUUCGUCGUCGCUCAUCAAAGCCGCGGAUCUCCCUUCAGCGCUCGAAGCUGUCGUGUCAUCGAGCCAUCGCACCUUGCUCUCAUUCCGACCGCAGCAGGAGGUGAGGGAACUUGGCUCACCCGAGUCUAUUCCUGUCGAGCCACCAGCCAGUGUGCGUAGCUCUGUGAAGCGGCGCCAUGCAGAGUCAGAGCCGGAGGAUGACCUCAUGGGGUUUUUAUCUCCCACCGCCAAUCACUCCCAUGCCGAAGUCAUGGCCGCUGAGGCGAGUCCCGAUGGGCCGCAACUUUCAGCGCUGGCUACGACUGGUCAUAGCGAUCAAAGCAAUGCGCCACAAGCUCAGAAGCAACAUCCGACCAAGCGUGUGCGCUGCGCAGUCUUGUCCCAGGACUCGCCACAGGUCACUCCAAUCAAGCAGCAACAACAACAACAGGAACAACAACAACAGCUCCAAUCAUCUUCGCAAUUUCAGCCGCGCCCUUCGCCGCUCGUAGUUUCGGAUUCAGGCACUCCCAUCAAGCGCUUGCGCUCUGGCAUGGAGCUCUAUCGACCGUCUCGUGCGUCCAAAGCCGUGAAACGCAAGAAAGUCGUUCUUUCCGACGAUGACGCCGCGGAUGGCGACGAGGGCGAGUCUGACGACGCCAAGGAUAGCGAUGGCCGUGCUGACAACUCUGAAUCUCCUGCGCCAAAGCAUCGCCAACCAAAGUCCCAUCCGGUCCGCCGCUCCAAAUCGGUGGCCACAAUGCCUCAGCGCCACCGCUCUCGGUUUGUGGACGACGAAGCCGAAUUUGGCGACGCCAGCUCCGAGUCGGAAGCCGAGGAAGGGGCGGUCGUGGGCUCGCCAGAUGGUCGUGCCGCGGCUGCAGCGUACAACGACAGUGGCGAUGAGGACGAGAAUGACCUUGGCGGCGAGAAUCCGGACGAGUACGACAUGAAUGACAGUUUUAUCGACGAUGGCGGUCCAUCGAGUGGCGCACAUCCUGGCGCAAGGCGGCCCCGCGCUGUCGCAAGCAGCGCAGACAGCGGUGGCUCACCGCGGUCGAGUGCGGCUUCUGAAGGGCAGGCGUCCCAAGAACAAGGCAACCUGUACCGCACUUCGCUGCUCAACACGCCGCCGCUCAACAGGCUUGCAGGGAUUGGUCGCAUGCGCCACGUGAUUGAGAGUCGCGUGGCGAACAUUCGAGCUCGACGUGACGCGGGCCUCUUUGACGAUGAUGAUGAUGAGGAGGAGGAUGACAACGACGACGAAGCAGAAGAGGACGAUAGCGAGGACGAGCUGGAGAAUGAUAGUCCAAGCCCCAGGCGCCAAGGAACUGGUGGUAGCGAUGAUGAUUUUGAGAGCGAAGCGCGCGCACCACACCACAAUUGCAUCGGUUUCAACUGCAAGAGCCUCGAUCUCUGGCAGCGGCGGGCUCUGCGGCCUCGGUGGCUCCACCCUCGACGUCUCACCAACCUGUCUUGUUCCAUCGAUAUCAACAAGCUGCUGCGGUCGCUGCUGCCUCGUCCCGGCCUCAUCAUUCUGCUCAAGCGGGUCGCAUGGUUGUCGGACACUCAACAACAAGGGGCUCGCCGGCCUUUCCACCCAGCUCUUUCAUUCCGCCCCUACAACAGCAAGCCCAACGUGCGAUCAACCCAUCCAGCUUGUUCAGGCGCAACGCAGGCUCCUAUCAUGCUUCGUCCACCACUGGCAACAGAGACACGCGGUAGCGUCAAAUGUCAAGUUGGUGGAAUUCGUUCUUGACUGUUCUUGCGGUGUGCCGUUGUACAAAAUACACGGGGUUUGAUGCCAUCAACGCGCUUCAGCGCUAUGUGCCAUUCCUCUCUCAC